UAUAAUAGUUUUUUUAAUUCUAUCCCCAGAGCUGUGAAAUAAUCAAACGUAACCACCAUUCAUAGCCGUACACGUGUAAGUUUCCAAAUUGUGCUUUACACCGCAGUACAGUUAUCCUUAUAAACUGACGUCGGAGACCUCCGCCAUAAGUUUUUCUCACCUAAAAAAUAUUUAAUGAAGAAUUAGAAGAUCAUUUCCACGACACUUUACCUGUAAUUUCUCAUCUCCAGCAACUUUAAAUCGUGUCUAGCAAAAUGAGCAGAGCACAAGAUCCACCGCGAGGUUUCUUCCCAUUUGGGAACCCCUUUCGCAUGCUAUCCCCAAAGAGCUCAGCUUUAUCACCGUGGCUACUCUCUCUACUGAACGGCUUCGAGUUACUUUUAGCAGAGAGGCUAAAGAAACUCAUGCCUAAGUCCAAAGACGACAUCCUCACUCUAUCCUGGAUGAAGCUAGCUAUGGAGUCGCUCUGCGAGACUCACAACAACAUCAACACCCUCAUCACCGACCUCCAGCUCCCCGUCUCCGACUGGGAAGAGAAAUGGGUCGACGUCUACCUCGACAUAAGCGUCAAGCUACUAGAUCUCUGCAACGCCUUUAGCUCGGAGCUCACGCGUCUCAACCAAGGAGAUCUCUACCUUAAGUGUGUUCUGCAUAGUUUACAGUCUGGUUCUGGUGAGAAGUAUCUCCAGGCUCGGUCUUCUCUCGAUAGCUGGAGGCAGCAUGUUAAUGCCAACAACAACGCUAGAGUCGAAAACUGCCGUGCGGUUUUAGACUCUCUUGUGAAGUCUCUGAGCUUGCCUAAGGUCAAGAACUCUCCUAAAGGGAAAGUUCUGAUGAGAGCUUUCUACGGUGUGAAGGUUCAAACGGUUUAUAUCUGCAGUGUAUUUACCGCGGCCUGGUCUGAUUCCACCAACGAUCUUUUCGAUUUAACCGUCUCUGAUAAACCGCUGUGGGCUAAGGAUUUCGCUGAUAUGCAGAGUGUUGUGAACGCUGAGAUCAGAGACUUGUUAUCUUCGGGUAGGAGUACGAUUCUCAAAGAGCUGGAGAGGGUUGAUGCUAGUGUGGAGAAGCUUUACCCGAUGAUACAAGACGGUGUUGAUCCUGUUGAAGAUGAAACUUUUAAGGACUAUGUGAUGGAGCUGGGGACGCAGGCUGAGAAGUUGUCUCGAGGGUUAGAUCAGUUACUAGAGGAAGUUGACAGUUUCUUCAAAAUGACUUUAAGCGGAAGAGAUGUGUUGCUAUGUAAUCUUAGGUCUAGUGACUCAUUCUCUGGCGAUGCAAAUGUGGAGUAAGAGUAAACAAGUGUAAGCCUGACAAGAAAGGCAGAGUCCAGGUCUCUGAAAGUGUGCGUCUGUUGAGCUUUGUCUCUUUGGUCUAAGUGUGUUGGUCUUGUCUGUACUGAUUGAAAUCAAUACAUACAAAUUAUAUAAAACUUCUGUUUGACUUAAAAAGAUAUAAUCCUU